AGUGGUUCUACUCGUGGUUUCUCAAACUCUCAAUGGCUUUGGCGUUCUUUGUUUUACUCCUGCUAUUAGCCCCAGCGGUUCACGUCGUCGUCAGUCAGAAGCCAGGCUUCCUGAGUAUCGACUGCGGCCUAGACGCCAACUACAGCGGUUACAAUGACGCCAAAACCGGCAUCUUCUACGUCUCCGACGGCCAGUACGUCGACAGCGGCGAGAAUCACAGGGUGGCCUCCGAGCUCGAGAGCUUGUGGCCGAACCAAAUCCGAAGCCGAACGCUGCGGAGCUUCCCGUUCGGCCUGCGGAACUGCUACUCGCUCCCCACCGUGGCCGGGACGAAGUACCUGGUGCGGGUGGAGAUCGCGUACGGCAACUACGACGGCAAGAACAGCUCGACGCUGCAGUUCGACCUGCACCUGGGGGGCAACUUCUGGUUCACUUCCCGCCCGAAAGCCGACACCAACUACGUGUCCGAGGUGGUGUUCGUGGCGUGGGCGAGCUGGGCGCCGGUGUGCCUGGUGAACACCGGCAGCGGCACGCCGUUCGUGUCCGCGCUGGAGCUGAGACAGCUCGGUGACAAGCUCUAUCAGCCCCUCGAUGAUGCGCCCGACCUGAUCAUGUCCGCGUGGACACGGGAGAACAUGGGUUCAAGCCCUUCAAUUACCCGGUAUCCUGAGGAUCCAUAUGACCGUUUCUGGUGGCCGAUGGAUGAGGUUAGCUCACGGUGGGCAAAUCUAUCGACCAUAAAGCCCAUCGAGUCAGAUCCAGACACCAGUUUCGCCGUGCCCUCGUCCGUUCUGCAGACGGCAAUCACGGCAGCUGGCAAUGACACAGUGCUCACCGUCAAGACAUGGCAAGACUACAGGACGUCGGACUCCUCCUUUAUGGUGUUCCUGCACUUCGCCGACUUCCAAGACGGCCAACUUCGACAGUUUGGCAUCUACAUCAACUACAUCAACGAGACUCAAUCGGGACCGAGCAAGAAGUUGUACAGCCCCCCGUACCUGACUGCUUCCUGUCAGUACACCGUUGAAUCCUAUAAGGCUACCGAUGGCAAGUACAACAUAACUCUCGUUGCAACUGCAAGCUCCAUACUUCCCCCAAUGAUCAAUGCGUUGGAGAUCUACAGAGUCGUUCCAGUCGACAACUCGACGACAUUCCCUAAAGAUUUUGAUGCCAUCAUGGCUAUCAAACUCGAGUAUGGAGUGAAGAAAAACUGGAUGGGUGAUCCAUGUUUCCCAACCAAAUACGCUUGGGAGGGCGUGAAAUGCAGCAAUACAAGUUAUAGUGCUAUGAGGAUUACAUCACUAGAUCUCUCCAACAGCAAUUUGCAUGGAGCAAUAUCUAAGAAUUUUACACUGCUCACGGCACUCGAGAAUUUAAAUUUGUCUGGCAACCAUUUGAGUGGCGACUCCGUAUGUAAAAAUUACACUGGAUCACUUGUUUUCAGAUAUGACUCUGACGGUAAUAUGUGCAACAAACCACCGCCAAGCCCGCCAAGAAACAAAGUAGCUAUCAUAACUAUUUCAGUAGUGGUUCCUGUGCUGGUAGUAGUUGUACUUCUUGCAUAUUUCAUCUGGAGAGAGAAAAGAAAGCCUAAUGUUUCCACGCAUGACCCAGCAACAGCAAGAGACCCACAACUUGAGAACACUCCAGGGAGCAGACAAGGUCAUGAGGGCCACCUGCAAAAUACAGAGAAUCGCCUGUUCACGUACAAAGAGCUAGAGAAGUUCACUAAUAAUUUCAAACGAUUCUUAGGGCAAGGUGGUUUUGGGCCUGUGUACUAUGGCCGUUUAGAAGAUGAUACCGAGGUUGCUGUCAAGAUGCGUUCUGAGUCAUCAUCACAUGGACUUGGUGAAUUUUUAGCUGAGGUUCAGAGCUUGACAAAGGUGCAUCACAAGAAUCUAGUGUCUUUGGUUGGUUACUGCAUGGAGAAAGAUCACUUGGCACUGGUUUAUGAGUAUAUGACUCAGGGCAGUCUUUUUGAUCAUCUGAGAGGUAAAAAUGGUGUUGCUGAAACAAUGAAUUGGGGGACACGUGUGCGAGUAGUGCUUAACGCUGCACAAGGCCUGGAUUAUCUUCACAAAGGUUGCAACCUGCCAAUAGUUCACCGUGAUGUGAAGACCAGCAACAUUCUCUUGGGUCACAAUCUGCAAGCUAAAAUAGCAGAUUUUGGACUUUGCAAAACUUUUUUUAGCGAUACUCAGACUCACAUAUCAGGCACUGCAGCUGGCACAGCUGGCUACAUGGACCCUGAGUGUUACCUCACUGGAAGGAUCACCGAGAGCAACGAUGUGUACAGCUUCGGAGUUGUUCUGUUUGAGGUAGUCACUGGUGAGCCUCCAAUAGUGCCAGGCCAUGGUCACAUUAUUCAGCGUGUUAAGCAGAAGAUUACCACCGGUGACAUCAGUUUGGUUGCCGAUGCGCGGCUCGGAGGUGCCUACGACAUCAGCUCCAUGUGGAAGGUGGUCGACAUCGCCAUGAUGUGCACGUCGAAUUCUGCUGCUCAAAGGCCCACGAUGGCCGCAGUUGUGGUGCAGCUGAAGGAGAGCCUGGCGUUGGAGGAAGCUCGCGAGGAUAGUUGCGCCAGGGCAAACCCAGGGAGCGAUAUAACAGGUUCGGUUUUUGCAUAUAGUCCAUUGGCAAGAUGAACCUGUAACUGUGCCUGUACCUGGAUUUGGUUGGUCUUUGAUGGUCUCUACUGGAAGUCUAAAUUGUCGUGUGGAGGCACACUAGUGUAUGUUUGUGAAUAGGUUUGAAUCUACAAUUGUAUUGCUUGAGUGUGCAAAAGGUUCUUGAGAACCCACACUUGUGUGUGCCAGUAAUAAGGUUUGGUAAACUCUCA